CCAAUCUCCCUCCCUCCUCUAUAUCUGCAACACUCCCAUCGAAAUCCUCAAACCCCCAUAAACCCUAAUCCUCCGCCGCCACUUUCCGCAACUUCGAGAAUCUCAAUGGCCAAGAAGAAAGGGACGCGUGAGAGUAACGCCACGUUCGACGAUACUCCACAAAGCCACGACGAGAAAGCUACUAAACUUAGCCGGCAGUCUUCCAUGGAAGAAGACCACCACGAGAAGGUCCAGAACCUGAAGUCUCUCAACGCGAUGCUCGUCAAACAGACGGUUGAGAAGCGGCAGCAGAUCGAUUCGCUGGCAAAUGCCAAGACCGAGCUGGAGACCGAGCUGGCUCGCUACGGCGCCGAGAGAGGCGAGAUGCGUGGCGAGUUGGAUCAGGUUAGGGACGAGAACCUGGGGCUGAGGAUGGAGUUGGGGUUGGUUAUGGAUUACGUCGGGUGUAGGUUUAGGGAGAUGGGCCUUGGAGUGGAGAGGGUUGCGAGGGAGAGGGAUGUGAUCAAGAACGAGUUUGAGUUGCAGUGUGGGGAGGUGAAUAAAUUGAAGGAGAGUGUGGUUGUGCUUGUGGAGGAGAGGAUGGUGAGAGAAGAGGAGAGGAUUGAGAUGGAGAAGGCUAUGGAAGAGAAGGAGGAGGAGAUUGAGGGGUUGAAGAGAGAAAAGAAUGAGAUGGAGAUUGUAAAGAGUGAUCAGAGAGGGGAAAUCGAGGAGUUGGAGAGGAAGUUAGGCGAGGUGAGUGAUGCUGUGGAGAGUUUGAGGAAGGAAGAGAAGGCUUUGAGGGGUGUGGUUGUUAGGUUGGAGAAGAAUCUUGAUGAGUCCGUUGAGAAAGAGAGGGUGAUGAUGGUGCAGAUUGGUGUUAUAGGGAAAGAGAAGAUGGUUAAGGAGUCUGAGCUUGAGAGGUUGAAUAAGGAGAAGAGUUCAGUUGAGAAGCAGAUGGUGAUGGUCAGUGUGCAGUGCUUGGAUAAGGCAAAGUUGAUUGACCAGUUGUGUAGGGAGAAAGUUGAGCUCGAGGAGCGUGUUUUUAGUGGGGAGGCAAAGCGUGUUGAGUUGAGUCGUAAGGUUGAUGAGCUAGAACGUGCCGUUGCUGCGCUGCGAAAGGAUUGUGUUGAUCGAACCGAGACGAAUGAGAAGCUUCAGUGUAAAGUUGGAGAGCUAAGGGAUGCGCUUGAGCAGGUUGAGGUCGAGAGAGAGGAAGCUGGUAAGGCGCUUGAUGAGGAGAAGAGACACGGAGAGGAUCUCAAGGCAGAUGUUUCAAAGUCAGAGAUGAUGAUUGAGACAACUCUAGUAGAGCUUGAGAAAGUUAAGAUCGAGCAGGAGAGUUUAUCUACAGCAAAGAAUGAUCUGGAGAAACAAUCCAAAUCACUGAAAAGCGUAAAAGCUGUACUGGAAAAGAAGCUUCUAGAGCUCACAAAAGCUAUCGAUGCUCUGAUAGAGUCCGCUGGAACGGAUGCAAAACGCAGCUUGGUGAUGCUAAAGCGCGCCGCAUCCGCUGUGUCGCACUCAGAUAGCGAGCAGCAGAAGCAAGAAAACGGAGCGGAAUCCUAUGCCUUGGAGCUAGAAUCAAUAGAGAAAGCGUUCAAAAACAAAGAGAGCAUAAUCGAGGAGAUGAAGAAAGAAGCCGAGUCAAUGAAGCAGUCAACAGAAGAGGCGCACAAGAAGAAGAGCUUCUGGACAGUUGUUUCCUCCGUAACAACGAUUUUUGCUGCUGCAUCCUUUGCCUAUGCCUCUAGGACUCGUUAAGCACACCUCAACAUGGUUUUUUAUCCCCCUUGUUCCCUUGAUUAGCAUCUCACUAGAGCUGUUUACUUGAUGCCUUGCAAAAUAAUGUUGUUUAGGUCUCAACAACUCCUAAUAUGAAAUAUAAUCUUUCAUCAUGAGCAUUCGUUGA